UAAAGGUCACCUUAAGUUCUUCAAUGGUGGUACAACUGUCACUGUGUAUGAUUUAUAUUCUACUGGUGCUUUUCUGUUUUGUGUAUUUAUCUCUUUUUCCUUUUAGCUGAUUUCAUAGAGACUAACUUGUUCUCCAACAGUCUGACUUAGUUUUUCUCCUAUUCUCAUAAAAUAUGACUACAUCCAUCCACUAUUUCAGGGAAAUGACAUAUUUUUUGGUCUCUGGUUUCUCUCUGACUGAUAAACUGGCCUGAGUUUCCUCUCAUACGUUAUAUGUAUGAGUUUACAUCGACCACUUGCUGCUCUGAGGAAAAGCAUUCGAAACCUUUCAACCACACUUUUUUUAUGUUCUUUCUGCACUCGUAUAAGACCACUGUCACCUCAACCCCCUCACCGUCUCCUCCCCUGUUUCUCUGAACGUUAAACGCCACAUAUCGACAUAUGUUCACUCAGUUUCACUCCUGCACAAAGAACAGGCAGCGGAUCGUUUGCUUCCUCGGACAGCAGCAUGUUCCUGCAGAGUUUUUCCAUCUUUGCCGGCUUCCUGCUCUGCCUCCCUCGGUAUUCGAACGCAGCCUGCACUGAUGGGAAGCCCAGAGAGUGUCAGGAGGCCGAAUUCGCUCCCGGAUCCAACUUAGCUGGGGAAGGCUUCGACAUCACCAAGAUGGAGCGAAAAUCUGCGUUUGUGCUCGACAUGAAUCAGUGGAAACGCAAAGACAAGACCUGCACCCUGUGCGCCAACCCGUUUCUGGAGGGCAAAAAGAUGAAGCUGCCCCUGUCCGUGCUGGACUGGAGGGCCAAGCAGACCUGCAGCGCUAAGGUUUCCUCCAAGCUCCACAAAUCCAGCGAGUCUCUGGUCAGCUCCAGCACCUCCUCCGUUGAGAACAACUGGAAGACUGAAUUAGAAGUCGAAAUGAAAGGUAAAUCCGGCAGCCUGAUGCUGGCUGGGACCAACUCGAAGGUGGCUGAAUAUUCCAUGGAGAAAACAAAGAAUGACAAGUUCAGCUUUGCGAGUACCAGCAUGUACUGCGAGUACUACAGCUACAGAGUGUCCAGCACUCCCAAGUUGAACAGAGAUUUCAACAAAGCAGUGAAAAAGCUUCCUAAAGUCUACAGCCCAGAAUACAAGUCCAGAUUUUACACACUGAUUGAUGUUUUUGGCACCCAUUACAUCACCAAGGUGAAGCUGGGAGGACAGAUCAAGUCUGUGACCAGCAUCGCGAAUUGCGAAGCGAGUCUGCAGGGUCUGAGAACAGAGGAAAUCCAAAUGUGUCUGGAGGCCGAAGCGUCUGCAAGCGUCAAAGUUAAUGUGAAAGCAGAGACAAAGCACUGCCAGACGUCUGCAGAAAAACUGGACAGCAAGAAAUCCUUCUCCGACACCUUCAGCGACAGGUUCACAGAAAUAAAAGGUGGGCUCACCACAGACUCGGACCUUCUUUUUUCCUCCAACAAAAACCCAGACGCCUAUAAGGAAUGGCUCACUUCGGUCCCACAGUAUCCAGACCUCGUUUCGUAUUCCCUCUCGUCGCUCCACGAGUUGCUCCCUGAAAACACUCCGGUCAGGAAAAACCUGCGCAAAGCCAUCAGCCAUUACAUUUUGGAGAAAGGCCUGUGGAGGAAUUGCAGCGAGCGAUGUCAGGCCGGAAUACGGACCGACUCCAAGGACUCCUGCGUCUGCCAGUGCCACAACGAGCCCGCGGUGAACUCUGACUGCUGCCCGACCCGGAAGGGAAUGGCCCGCAUCUUCAUAACGGUGGUAAAGGCUGAGAGUCUGUGGGGGGACCACAGCGGCGGCACGGACGGCUACGUCAAGGUGUUUCUCAACAAAGAGGAGGUUUACCGUUCUUCCGUCAUUGUAAACGACAACAACCCGAAGUGGGGCGCCAUCGUUGACCUAGAAACCAGGGACAUCUCUUCCGGAAGCGUCUUGCGGUUUGAAAUUUGGGAUGAAGACAACAAAUGGGACGACGACCUGCUGGGAGAAUGUGAGCGACGCCUGUCUGCCGGAGUCGUAGAAGACGUGUGCCCUCUCCAACAUGGCCGCUUCUACUUCAAAUGGGAAGUGAAGUGCAUUCCGAGUCUGACCGGAAGUUUGUGCACAGAGUAUAACAAGUCGCGCAUGAGGGAAAGCUUGAGGAGCCUAUACGUGUCCCGUCACGCCCACCCGAUCCCGAAAUCCGUCCUGGUGGAGAUGGGAGUGUUUGUGGAUGAAGGGAGCUCCCACUGGAACCAGAGCCUGGCUGGCAAAACCUCGGUGUGAGAGGCUUUUAUUCACAUUUAGUCCAGCAAGUUGGCAUUACUUCUAAUAUUUACUUCUGUUAGCAUGUUAAUGAUUAAACUGCACAGCAAUAAUGUCGGACUGGGCGAUAAAUCGACUUGAUCGAUUAAUCGAUCUUUGGUUUUUAAAGAUUUAAUUAUUGGAAAAUUGAGGGAGUGGGGGUUCAUCUAUUCACUCUUUGGUACGACGGAGUGUUAGGGCCAUGCCAAGAAAAUAAUAAAAAAUAAAAUAACAAAAAUAAAGUUAUAGAAUUAUGACUUUAUUCUCCUUAUUUCAACAACUUUUUACUCGUACUUUACUAGAAAUACUAUAACUUUAUUUUCAUUAUGUUUUACUUUACUACUUUUCCCGUGUAAUUUUAAGACAUACCUCUGGUAAAAUUACAUCUUUAAUCUAAUAUUAUGACUGUUGUCGUAAUAAAAAAAAAAAUUGCCCUAAUACUCUGUCGUAUAACUCACAGAAGAGAUGAUUGAAAUACAAGCCACUUUGUGAAAAGAUUUUCUAUCAGUUGUAGUUUCUUUUUCAAAAAAGUAAGCAAUUUUUUAAAAAAGUCAAUUGAAAUUGGGAAUCAGAUCGGGUAUGGAAAAAAUCUAAUUUUAUUUUUGAGCCAUAUCGCCCAGCCCUGCAGUAAUGUAACAACCUACCAUUGUGUACUUUUAGGAUUUAGAAAUUACACAAAACGCUCUGCUUUAUAUCUAGAUUAUGAAAUAUUACUCUGAAAGCUUAUUGUUAUAUUUAUGCAGAAUAAAAGCAUGUU